UUGUUUCAGUUAAAAGGAUACCAAGCCUGCCUCUCUCCUCACUCAGAGUGGGACAGAGGACAGUUCUGAGCUCCUUUUCCUCUUGCUCCCUUCUAAAAAGAUUCAUUUCUCUGAGGCACCCGAUCACUUCCCAAUAUACAAGAGCCCUAGAGGACCUUUCCACAGAAAAGAGAUUCAUUUCUCUGAGGCACCCGAUCACUUCCCAAUAUACAAGAGCCCUAGAGGACCUUUCCACAGAAAAGAGAAAUCUGGAUCUACCUUGAAAAUGCUGCAUCUCCAGCUACCCUUUCCAGAACCAGAUAGAGCUCCCAAAGAAGCUGGAGAUGAAAUACUUUCUCACUAUUACUCCGGUUCCUUAUGUGCUCCUCAUUUGGCUUCAUAUCCCUCAGACAAGAGGCAAGACACUGAUGCUUGACAUGGCUCCAGACACUUUUGAUGAUGCCUAUACCGACUGUGUGGAGGACAUGGAGCAGAUUGCCCCCGACCUGCUUCAGGAAGAGAUGAGUCAUCACAAGCUGCUCAGGGACUCAUGGGAGGCUGCCGCAGCUUAUUUAAAAAGCUAUCGGGGCCUCUCGCUGCCCUCAGGCUUCCAGACCCAGCAUGCACUGGCUGUCAUGGUCUAUACUAACUCAUCCAACCCCCUGCACCGAGAGCUGAACUCGGCUGUGGGCAAACUGGGCAGCUCUUUUGAGGUCUACAUGAAGCAUUUUCCCUUCAAGGCCUUGCACUUCUACCUGACACGGGCCCUGCAGCUGCUGAGGUCUCCCGAGAGCUGUAAGGAAGACUCUGGGCAAAAGGUAUUCCGAGGCGUGGGGAGCACCCACUUCAAGCCCAGUAAACAUGGAGAUAGCAUCCGUCUUGGCCGGUUCACCUCCACUUCUGAGGAGUGGAGAGUGGCCCAGAUGUUUGGCAAUGCUACUUUAUUUACCCUGAGCACAUGCUUUGGAGCCUCCAUCAAGGACCUCUCAGUCUUCCCCAAUGAGCGAGAGGUGCUUAUCCCACCCUAUGAGGUUUUCCAGGUGUCUAAUUUCUCCGAGGAUGGAACCCGAAAUUUGGUGACUCUCAGAAGCCUCAACCAGACAUGCAGUAACUUCAACUGUGCCUUCCUAAGAAAAAAGAAGAAUCAAAAUUGUGUGGUUAAAUCAGGAAACAAUAACACCAUGGUCCUUGGGAAGGUGACCCCAUGGCUUUUUGUGGGAAGCCAGCUUCUGCUCCUCAGAAUCUUCUGUUUGAAUUCUUUCUAAAGAGACCAGCUUUUUCCUGCCCUAUCUCCAUUGGCCUCCCUGAUCUCCAAUUAUACCAGGUGCCCCCAAAGUCCUCUGCGAUUUUGACAAAAUACUACAAGAUGACAACUCCUUGUUGCCUAGUGAUGAAUAUUCCCAUCGCAUCUAGUCAACAACUGGAAAUCCCUACCCACCCACCCCCACUGUGGUUUUGCAGGUGGAGCUGACUUUUCUGGAGAUCCCAGUCUCUGUUUGGCCUCAUGCCUUCUGUUAUAUGACCUGAAAUUAGCUGUGAAAAGGAAGCCCAAGGUAGAAAAUAUUCAGGGUUAAACUUUAGGUUAUGGUCUUUCUUGCCUCUGGGCUCCCUUGACUAGCUAGAAUGCCUUCCUUUAUCUCCUUAACUUUCCAAAUCCCAUCUACUCUGGGGCUAAUUCAAGUUCUGCUGCCAAAAAAAAAAAAUCUCUUCUUCCCGGGAGCUCCAACAACCCUCUUUUCCUACCCACCUCAUUGGCAUAGACAACCUUAUGGUAUUUCUUAAAAUGGGGGAUUUUUUUUUCUUUAUUUCUUUUUAAUACAGAUGUAUGAUUUCAUUAGUGUAAGGAAUUCUGGGUAAGAAAACUUUCCUGAGAAACAGAGAUUACAUAAAUUGUCCUGAGUCACACAGACAAUGUUUCUUCUUCCAAAUCUUCCUGAUUAAAUCUCUAUCUACUAUA